AUGGCCUCUACUGCCACAGCGGCUGUAGCCUCUUCUUUCUCUACAUCCACGCAACUGUUUAUCCGCACCCGCUUGAAAAACUGGCCUUCUGAUCCUCUUUUUAAACUUGCAACCACACCACCCAUGUUACAAGUUGCAUCAUUAUCUCACUCGCUUGGGUUUGAACAAAUAUCAAUCGGUGCAGUUUCACAGAAGUGGCGGUUGCCGAGGAUAUCGGCUGCGGUGGCGCAGGAGGAGGCGGCUGUCACGGCUCCGGUGGAAGAGGAGCCAGUGGAGGCGGAGAAGAAGCAGGAGGAAGGAGAGGUAGUAGUGUCAACUGGAGGAGAGGCUACUGAGGAUGCUACUGUAAACACCAAGCUUUAUUUUGGAAAUUUGCCAUAUCUUUGUGAUAGUGCACAACUUGCCGGAAUAAUUCAAGACUAUGCUAGUCCAGAGCUAGUUGAGAACAAUGUUGAGACGAUUAGCAAGGUCACUGAGCAAUGA